CAACCCAUUAUCAAUAUAUACUGAAAAGUGUCUUACCCUUUAAACAAAAUAUGUAUUUUGUGGUCAGCCCUAGGGUCAAUUUCAAGCAAAGAUUCAUUCAAGCUUUACUGUGACCUAGGGUUUUUUUGUUGCCUAAUAAACAUGGGAUCAUAAUAAAACUUGAGCAAUUACACAAAUGCAUUUUACAUACUUUAAUAUUUGUCCUUAUAUUGAAGAGUCUAUAGAAAUGUAUUUAAUUUGCAAUUGUGCAGGGUGCUAGGUGAUUAGGUGGAAUAUCCCUGCCUUACAGCUGUACAGCAAUGGAACGCACACUAAGUACAGUACAAUGAGGAACUGUAAGUAAUGUCGUACGUUCCUUGUGUCUUUUCACGGAGGCCAUAUUGGAUGAGGCACUCAGUGACAAUCCACUUGCAGUUUCCUAGUCUAUUCAUGCUCGCCAGGCCGCAGUAAACGCCGCUUUCUCUACCCCAGCUCAGGGCAGUCUCCGCCUCCAUCUUAUUGUCUCCGGAGGAGGAGGAAGAGUUGGAGGCGGGCGCUCACAAGAUGGCGGCUCCCAGGGAGGCGUGAAACCAGUCUCCGGUACCUUAUCCACCGUGUGCACGACGAGAUUACCGGUCUCAGACGGAUUUUCUAGGCGGGCAUAAACUGCAGCUUGGCAUUCCGUGUUCCAUUUUUGUUUCCUUCCUUUGUUUCUCACGGAAGUCUCGUUGACAGGUGGGAAGAAGUGGCAGCUGGGAGUUGGUGGCUACCCCGGCUUUUUUCUUUUUACUCUGCCCGUUUGAUCAGUGAUGAUUUCUACCAAUUCCCCCUGACUAGGACCCAUACGAAUAUCGGAAAAACCACAAAAAGGGAGGAGUUUGGAUAUUUCGGUGUGUUGUCGCCCCGCUCGCCGCCAUCUUUGCUCUUCCUACCAACUCUUUAUUGGUUUGUUUGGACGGCACAAGAUGGCGGCUCCCAUGGACUCCCUCAGCUCUGCAACUCCCGGGCGGUUUUAAGGGAACAAACCCUUCACCAACGAGUCAACAAAGAAGCUGUCGGGGGAGAGAACGCUAGAACGUCCCCGCGUGGCCACAGAAGGGGCGAACUCCGCGAGCAGAAGAAGACUUGCUGCUUUUUUCUCUCGCUGGACGCCGUCAUAAAAUGGCGGCUCCCAUAGCGCCUCAGUGACACCCGGCAACAGACAAGGCCUUAGCGGGGAUUUUUUCCUCUCGUUUUAUUCCUAUCGCUUUUAUAUUACCUGUCACGGAACCACCGCGCUGGGGAUUUUAUUUAUCACUAAGAAGAAGCAAAAUACAGUCGGCCCCUUGAAUUAUAACGGAUGAGAUCUACAAUGGCGGCGACCCCGGCCUUAUCGACAGCUGGAGCCUUGCAGCCCCGCUGGAAACGAGUAGUAGGAUGGUCGGGCCCCGUGCCUAGGCCCAGGCAUGGACACAGAGCUGUGGCGAUUAAGGAACUUAUCGUGGUUUUUGGAGGAGGGAACGAGGGCAUCGUGGAUGAGCUGCAUGUUUAUAAUACGUCCACCAACCAGUGGUUUAUUCCAGCUGUGAGAGGUGACAUACCGCCUGGAUGUGCUGCCUAUGGAUUUGUCUGUGAUGGGACACGUUUACUCGUGUUUGGAGGAAUGGUGGAGUAUGGGAAGUACAGCAAUGACCUUUAUGAGUUGCAGGCAAGCAGAUGGGAAUGGAAAAGACUAAAAGCCAAAGCACCCAAAAAUGGUCCUCCACCAUGCCCUCGUCUUGGACAUAGUUUCUCAUUGGUUGGAAGCAAAUGCUAUCUUUUUGGUGGGCUGGCUAAUGAUAGUGAAGACCCCAAGAACAACAUUCCUAGGUACCUAAAUGAUCUUUACAUCUUGGAGUUGCGCCCUGGCUCUGGGGUUGCCACUUGGGAUGUUCCCAUAACCUAUGGUGUUCUGCCGCCCCCGCGUGAGUCCCACACUGCAGUGAUUUACACGGAUAAAGAUAACAAAAAGUCCCGUCUGGUCAUAUAUGGGGGUAUGAGUGGAUGCAGACUUGGUGAUCUUUGGAUUUUGGAUAUAGAUACACUGACCUGGAGCAAACCCAGUCUGAAUGGUGUUGCACCUCUCCCAAGAAGUCUUCAUUCUGCCACAACUAUACUGAAUAAAAUGUAUGUCUUUGGAGGAUGGGUGCCUCUUGUAAUGGAUGACGUUAAGGUAGCUACCCAUGAGAAAGAAUGGAAAUGCACUAAUACACUUGCAUGUCUCAACCUUGAGAGUAUGUCCUGGGAACAUAUUGUAAUGGAAACCUCGGAGGAUAACAUUCCACGUGCUCGUGCAGGCCAUUGCGCAGUGGCCAUCAAUACACGCCUCUAUAUAUGGAGCGGUCGGGACGGCUACCGCAAAGCCUGGAACAACCAGGUUUGUUGCAAGGACCUGUGGUACCUUGAAACAGAGAAACCUCCUGCACCUGCCCGUGUACAACUUGUAAGAGCAAACACCAACUCCUUGGAGGUUAGCUGGGGUGCUGUGGCUACUGCAGACAGUUACUUAUUACAGCUACAAAAGUAUGACAUACCAGCUGCUGCUGCAGCAAUGUCUCCAGCCAAUCCAGUCCCUUCUGUGCCAGUGAAUCCACCCAAGAGCCCUGCACCUGCAUCUGCAGCUCCAACAAUACAGCAAGUUACUCACACUGGUAUCACCCUUUUACCUCAAGCAGCCUCUGUACCACCCACAACAGCCACAAUCCAGGUCUUGCCUGGGAGUCCUAUUGCAGUAUCUGCUGCUCCUCGCACACAAGCUGUCCCAGCUCUCCUUAAAGUUGGAGGCCAGCAGUCCACUGUGAGCACGCCGCUAGUUACUGUAAGGCCAGCUAAUCAGAUUAGUAAAACUCCUCUCACUGUGACUUCUCUCCCACCUGGUGUGCGUAUGGUUGUUCCUGCACAGAGCACCCACGGAGCCACUAUUGGCAGCAGUCAGCCAAUGAGUGGAAUGGCUGCUCUUGCUGCAGCUGCUGCUGCAACACAGAAGAUACCCCCUUCCUCUGCACCCACCAUGCUUAGUGUCCCUGCUGGAGCUACUAUGGUGAAAUCUCUGGCUAUGCCCUCUGGAGCCACCUCCCUUCCGACUACUGUCAAAGUGGCAUCCUCACCAGUAAUGAUGAGCAACCCAGCAACCCGUAUGUUGAAAACCGCCGCAGCACAAGUUGGAACAUCCGUUCCCGGUACUGGCAAUACACAGACUCGUCCCAUAAUCACCGUGCAUAAGUCAGGAACAGUGACUGUCGCCCAACAAGCCCAAGUUGUAACCACGAUGGUGGGCGGUGUUACCAAAACCAUCACCCUAGUUAAGAGCCCUAUCUCUGUUCCUGGUGGCAGUGCUUUGAUAUCCAAUCUUGGGAAAGUUAUGUCUGUUGUCCAGACUAAACCCGUGCAGACCUCUGCAAUUACAGGGCAGGCAUCCACUGGACCAUUGACACAGAUCAUACAGACCAAAGGACCGCUGCCUGCAGGUACAAUACUGAAGCUUGUAACCUCUGCUGAUGGGAAACCCACAACUAUAAUUACCACCACACAAGCUGGAGGCACAGGCACCAAGCCUACCAUCCUGGGUAUUAGCAGUGUUUCUCCAAAUACCACUAAGCCCGGGACUACCACAUUUAUUAAAACAAUUCCUAUGUCUGCUAUUAUGACCCAAGCAGGUGCCACAGGUGUAACAAACUCGGCUGGUAUUAAGUCACCAAUUACCAUUUUUACAACCAAAAUGGUGACAUCUGGCACUGGAUCCCCAGCAAAAAUAAUUACAGCUGUUCCGAAACUCACAGCUACCCACGGUCAACAGGGGCUAACACAGGUGGUGCUAAAAGGAGCUCCAGGGCAGCCUGGCACAUUUCUUCGAACUGUCCCCAUGAGUGGCAUGAGUGGCAUGAGACUUGUCACUCCUGUAACUGUUUCUGCAGUGAAACCUACUGUCACCACCCUUGUUGUGAAAGGCACCACAGGAGUCACCACACUUGGCACUGUUUCGGGGACUGUUUCAAAAAGUUUAGCCGGAGGUGGGGUGCAUAACACUGCUUCUCUCGCCACACCAAUUAACACUCUGGGAACAAUUGCUACACUCUCCAGUCAGGUGAUCAACCCCGGAGCCAUUACCAUGUCUGCCGCUCCGACUUCCCUCACUGCAGCAUCCGGACUGUCCACUCCCACCAUCACCAUGCAGCAACUUUCUCAGCCUACACAAGUGACAUUAAUUACAACUCCUAGUGGGGUCGAGGCCCAGCCUGUUCAUGAUCUUCCAGUGUCCAUACUGGCUUCACCAACCUCUGACCAGCCCACGGCUACUGUAACUAUUGCAGAUUCUGGCCAAGGAGAUCAACCUGGCACUGUCACAUUGGUUUGCUCCAACCCUCCUUGUGAAACUCACGAGACUGGAACCACCAAUACUGCCACCUCCACUCUUGUAAAUCUCAGCAGCAUUGUUCAACAGCCUGGUGGCACUUUGCAAUUUGUUUGUGAAGGUCAAGAGCCUGGAACAUAUGUAGCAACUUCAUUGGCACAAGCAAAUGGCAACGUGGUGAGGUUUUGCUCAAAUCCUCCAUGCGAGACCCAUGAAACCGGAACUACCCAGACAGCAACUACAGCCAUGGCCAGUAUUGGCCAAACAGGAAUAGCCACAAGGGUUUGCUCCAACCCACCUUGUGAAACCCAUGAAACUGGAACCACUCAAACUGCAACAACAGCUAUGUCAAAUAUCAACAGUGGGGAGAUGGGAACUGUGACCAGGAUUUGUUCAAAUCCUCCGUGCGAAACCCAUGAAACGGGAACUACUCAAACUUCUACCACAGCAACGGCAAAUAUGGGCAGUGGGCAACCUGCAAGUGGCAUGAGAGUUUGUUCUAAUCCACCAUGUGAGACUCAUGAAACUGGAACAACUCAAACAGCUACAACAGCUAGCUCAAACAUUGGCAAAGAACAAACCGAGAACCCACAAAGGCUGCCUAGACCCCCAUGUGAGACGCAUCAAACUGUAUCGACCCAUACAACCAUGACUGUGCCUUUGAGCAUUACCAGUGGACAAACCUGUUCCAACCCUCCAUGUGAAAUCCAUGAGACUAAUACUACCAGCACAACCACAAAUGUAAUCGCUAACGUUGGAACAGACCACUCACAAAAUGUUGUUCCUGUGUGCUCUAACCCACCCUCAGAGACCCAUGAUCCUGGCACCACAGAAACUGCCAUUGAAACUCCCUGCAAAACACAUCAGGUGACUUCCACGCGAACCACAAUGAGCGUGUCCGAGUCAGUCAGUAAAGUACCGUCUCCGAGUAGUGAGGCCAGCGAUAUACUUGGAGACAACCAAAUGAAGAGCUUUGUGUGUUCCAAUCCGCCCUGUGAGACUCAUGAAACUAACACCACCAAUACCCCAACUACUUCUAGGUCCAACUUUGGGGCAGAGCAGGCUGCAAAUGUUCAGCAGCUUUCCAGUAAUACAGGCCAGGCAAUCGCCACAGGAAGUACGAAUACUCAAUCAAACACCCUAGAGCAGCGGGUGUGCUCCAACCCUCCUUGUGAAACCCAUGAAACCAAUACUACCAACACUGCAACAACAUCAACAUCUGGCAUAGGCAACCAGCCUACUGCUACUCCAACUCAGCAAGUCUGCUCCAACCCUCCUUGUGAAACUCACGAGACUGGCACAACCCAUACGCCCACCACAGUUACAGCCACCAUGGCAACCAACCAAGAUCAGCCACCUGCCAGUGAGGAAGGAGAACAAGAGUCGGAGCAGGCUGAUGGAUCUAUCCAAAGCAGCAGCAUCAGUACCGGCUCCUCGUCCUCCCCUGUUACGAUAGUGUCUGUAGCUGCUGCCGCAUCCACCUCUCCAGAACACUCUGCGGUGCCACCUGCUGCCUGCAGAGCAGUUACAACUGUAACACAGUCCACACCAGUUCCCGGACCGUCUGUGCCGAACAUUUCUUCUAUGACCGAACCAUCCUCUGAAGUUGCUGCACAGGGAUCUGAGGCUGUUUCUUGCCCAGAGCAGUCAGAUGCUCCGCUUUCCUCAGAUAUUCUUCAACCCCCGGAGGACAUGCAGACAGAGGCAGAAGCACUUCAGCAGCCGAUGGAUAGUGCAGUGCCAGAACACAAUGAAUCAGAGCUGCAUGCAGCUAUGGAAGCAGAGUCCACUCAGGAUGCCUCAGCAGCUGCUGAACAACAUGCAGUAGACCAGUUAUCUCUUCCUCAAGAGCUUAUGGCAGAAGGACAGACUGCAACACUGAUGGUGACAGGAUUAACACCCGAGGAGCUUGCUGUAACUGCAGCAGCAGAAGCAGCAGCUCAGGCAGCAGCAACAGAGGAGGCCCAAGCAUUGGCUAUCCAAGCUGUACUACAGGCAGCUCAGCAGGCAGUGAUGGGGUUCCAAGCCGCAUCUGGAGAAUCUAUGGAUACCUCUGACGUGGCUCAUGCUGAGCUGCGUCACCUGACGACGGAAGGACCUACAACCACCAUUCCCAUCGUCCUUACGCAGCAGGAGCUCGCAGCAUUGGUGUUGCAGCAACAACAACUCCAGGAGCAACAGCAGAUUCAGCAACAUCAGCUCCAACAGCAGCAGCUACAACAAUUGCAACAGCAGCAGUUGCAACAACAGCAACAGCUUCACCAGCAGCAGCUGCAAAAUUUGCAGCAAUUGCACCAUGUGCCUACAGAGGCCCUCGCACCAGCUGAUAGUCUUAAUGAUCCUGCCAGUGAAAGCAAUGGGCUCAGUGAGCUCACUAGUGCUGUGACCAGUGCAGUUGCUCUCUUGCCAGCUACAGCCAAUGACAAUUUGACUGUAUCCAAUACCUUCACAGCACCUCAGCCUGUUGUGAUUGCCAGUCCUGCCAAACUGCAGGCUGCAGCUGCUCUAACAGAGGUUGCAAACGGCAUUGAAUCGAAACAGAAUUCCCCGCCACAACAGCCUAAGGUUCCAGUUAAGAAGGAGAAUCAGUGGUUUGAUGUGGGAGUAAUAAAGGCCACUAAUAUGAUGGUGACGCAUUAUUACUGGCCUGCAGUUGACGCUCUUAAUGAUGAUGACUCUGCUGUCCUGCCGGAUUACAGCCAGUUGAAGAAGCAAGAGCUGCAGCCUGGCACGGCUUACAAAUUCCGGGUUGCUGGUGUAAAUGGUUGUGGUCGCGGAGCCUUCAGUGAGAUAUCGGCCUUUAAAACUUGUUUGCCUGGUUUCCCUGGAGCACCAUGUGCCAUAAAGAUUAGCAAGAGCCCUGAUGGAGCUCACCUUACCUGGGAGCCUCCCUCUGUGACCUCAGGCAAAAUCAUUGAGUACUCUGUUUAUCUGGCCAUCCAGAGCAGCCAAACCAGUGGAGAACAGAAGUCUACACCAGCUCAGCUGGCUUUCAUGAGGGUGUACUGUGGCCCUAAUCCUUCUUGUCUGGUGCAGUCCUCCAGUCUUUCCAAUGCUCAUAUAGAUUACACCACAAAACCUGCCAUCAUCUUUCGCAUUGCGGCCCGAAACGAAAAGGGCUAUGGACCUGCAACCCAAGUCAGGUGGCUGCAGGAAUCUAAGGAUGGAUCAGCUGGGAAGCCUGCCAAUAAGCGGCCCGUGUCCUCCCCUGAUAUGAAAUCCGCUCCAAAGAAAGCAAAGUCUGAUCACGCCUGAUGAAAAUCAUAACCCCUGUCCAGCCUGUUAAAGACCCUCCUUGCUGUUCCUCAAUUGCUAAAUCCCAUCAUUUUUUAAAUGUUGCUUGUUCUACUCUGGCUCUUCGGGUUGGUAGGAAGGGCUGGUUUUAUUGCUCUGCCUCCCCUUUUCUCUUCUCUCUUUAUUUUUUAUUGUUUAUUAGAUUGUGGGAAUAGCAGCAAAAGCACAUUUUUACUUUUCUCCCCUUUUUUUGAAAGGUUGAGAUGAACUUCAAUAUAUCCAAUUCUCCGUUUCAGUUUUUUUUUUUUUUUUUUUUUUGUUUUGUUUUCUCACCCACCACCUUGUCCUUCCGUGGAAGUAAAGGUAGAGAGGACACUUGUAAUGUAAAUGAACAGGACAAAACUGUGGACAAAACCCCACAUUCCCCCUCCUUCCUAAUAUUCAUACAUGUGGAAUUUUCCACACGCCUUUCAAAUUGGUCCUGUUUUCUUUGUACAAGUAAAUGGGGGCAUCAGUUUGGGGAACUUGCUCAAUUUAUCCGCAACAGAAGCACUUGGACUUACAUCGCAGCCAUCCUGGUGUUUAGAGGUUUUUAAGGACAUGAGUGGACUUUAAGAGUAGGGGUGCUGGAAUUUGAACUGUAGUCCUGGAAGGAUCUUUCUACCUGUGCUACUUUUUAAAUGGACAGAGCCAUGCUGCACAAUUAGCUAAUGCAACACAUCUGGUUGUGAUCCCUGCUCUUCUCUUCUGUUUCUGCUAUGGGUGCUGCACUUGUACAAACACAUCAGCAACAAACAUUGAUUGACUUGACGUACUCAAGACAAAGGAGGAGUGAGAUAUCCGUGCACAAGUCUUUGCCCUUGGUGUGCAGGCUGCUCUGGAAUCCUGUUCACGGCAGAAGUUACUAGGAAACUCCACCACCAACAAUAUUUCACUUUUUUUUUUUUAAUAUCUAUAUAUAUUGAAAGAACGUUUGUUUGAAUGAAGUUUUCAAUUUGUAUAACCAUUUUCCAACGUGUGGAGUCUAUAUAACUUUCUUUUUCGUGGGAUGGCCACUGGUAAUUCCUCUCUGAUCGCCACCCAUUCAAAGCUUAUCGAUCACAUUAGUUGCUGAAACCAGUAUAGCAGGCUGAGCGUUUUCCUUCUCUUAUUGAUGGCAUCACCUUUAUUGGCUUAAGCCCUUUUUUUUGCCAGCAUAGCCAAGGAUGUCUUAUCUGGCAAUUAAGGGUGACAAAUCUUGUACAAAGUUUUGCAUUGCACUCUUUUUAAUUAUAGUUCACACACACACACACACACUCUCUCUCUUUCUCUCGCUCUCUCUCUUACACUUUAUAUAAGCUUAUGUGGCUCAGACCUCCAUCAGCCUUUUCCUUUAUUGUGUUUUGUGUAGGGGCUAAAAGUCAUUAAGGCAUGGUUUGUCAGGGGCACAGUCCUGUGUCUAAAGCAAUACAACAAGGCGAGAUACAAUUCCCACCCCCUUGCAGUGUUUAGUAGUUUUUUUUGGUUUCCCCCCCCCCCCUGCCUUUUUGCUGAUCAAACCAUCAAAUCCUGGAGACUUGGGUCAAGAAAUUUAUAAAUUUCAAAUCCCAACCCCCCAUGACUUGCCAAUUGUUUCUCCCCUCUUAGCCAGAAAGUCAGUGACCUCCCCCAGUUCUCGGAGGGAAGGCAGUCCGCAUUGGCAAAUUCAUAUACAUAAGUAAAGUAUAUAUAAAUAUACAUAUAUAAAUAUAUAUAAACGCCCCGUUGGAGCCGUUAUUAAACAGGCUUCUUUCAAUGGGCGUGGGAUUUUUUUUUCAUUUUUUUUGUAACAAAGUAAAAAACAUGUUUUAUAAGAAAAUAGAAAAAUAAAAAAAAAACAGAAAAAAAUGCCAUAGCUUAAAGCAUGAUUUAGGGUUUUUUUCUACAAAAGACAAAGUAGGAAACCACAAAAAAAAUUGAAAUCAUUUAGGAUUUACCGUAUUUCAGUAACUUUUAUCUGACUCUUCCUCUCGUCUAGCUGAUUCAAUGUAUGUACAUAUAUAUAUAUAAUUUUUCCUCCUUUGCUUUUAAUCUCUAGCAGGUUCCAAAACAUUUAAUGUCUGUGCUCAUGGCAUAACAUUUUGCCUCUGUAGUAUUUUGGCUUUUUUUUUUUUUCUACAAAGGUGCGUGCAAGGAAUGAAGUCCUGACCGAGUAUUUUUCCCUAGUACUUGUGUGUUUUCAUUUAUUUUAUGCCUGAUAUAGGACUGUCAAGGGUUUAAACCUGUUCAUUUGAACAUUGGCUUGAUUUAAAGGGAUAGGGGUGGCAGCAAUGUUCUAAGAAGGUAUCUGAUAAUUCUAUGAAUUGUCAAUUUUUAAGUAACUGCUCCUAGAGUGUGUCUUGAGUCGUAUUGGGAGUUCUCGCUCUAAUAUUGAUAGGGAGGCGACCUUGAAGUCAGACGCAAAUACUUUCGGAGUUCGGGAAAGGAAGAAUCAGGCUUUACUUAUUAACAGCGUCCAAGAGAGUUUGCCCUUAAGUAGUGUGCCUGUCGCCCCCACCCC